GGGCACCCUCAGAGCAAGGAGAGGCCCAAGUGCCCAGCUCUAGGCAAGGAAGAUGAUGCCAUGAUCCCUAGGAAAAAUCUAAGCCCUAGUCAUCCAGCUUUUUGGUCCUAGAAGAGGAAAAAGGGGCGAAAUAAAAGGGGAGACACCUGCCUCUCUCAUGAGAACUGUCACUUCCUUCCACUCCUGAGUCGGUCACCCUCUGGGACAUCACCAUGCCUAAGCAAAAUGACCUGGCUAUCGGGAUUGACCUUGGAACCACCUUCUCCUGCGUGGCUGUCUGUCAACAUGACAAAGUAGAGAUCAUCGCCAAUGACCAAGGGAAGCGGACUACGCCGAGCUACGUGGCCUUCACCAACACAGAACACCUGAUUGGGGACCCAGCCAAGAGCCAAGCCCCUCUCAACCCCCAGAACACGGUGUUCGAUGCCAAGCGGCUGAUUGGCCGCAAGUAUGAGGAUGCCGCCGUCCAGGAGGACAUGAAACAUUGGCCAUUUACUGUGGUGAGCCACGAGGAGAAGCUAAAAGUCCAAGUCACCUACAAAGGCAAACAACGGACCUUCUACCCUGAGGAGAUCUCCGCUAUGGUCUUGGCCAAGAUGAAGCAAACAGCUGAGGCCUACCUGGGCUACUCUGUUUCCCAAGCCAUUGUUACGGUGCCUGCCUACUUCAGCGAUGCCCAGCGGCAGGCCACCAUUGAUGCCGGAGUCAUUGCGGGCCUCCAGAUCCUAAAGCUGCUGAACGAACCUACGGCAGCUGCCAUCGCCUAUGGCCUGGAUGCCAGGCACCAAGAGGCAGGUGGCCGAAACAUCCUCAUUUUUGACCUGGGUGGAGGCACUUUUGAUGUUUCUAUACUUUCUGUGGAGGAUGGCAUCUUUGAAGUGAAGGCCACUGCAGGAGACACCCACCUGGGUGGGGAGGACUUUGACCAGAGAUUGGUGACCCACCUUGCAGAGGAGUUCAAGAAGAAGCAUAGGAGAGACCUCCAUCAGGACAAGAAGGCUCUGCAGAGGUUGAAGACGGCUGCCGAGCGGGCCAAAUGCACCUUGAGUUCCUGCACCAGUGCCAGCAUAUCUGUGGACUCCCUCUUCCAAGGGGUUGAUUUCCACACCACCCUCACCCGGGCACGGUUCGAGGACCUCUGCUCCGAUCUAUUUCGAGCCACCUUGAAGCCCCUCGAAAGGGCCUUGAGAGACGCCAAGAUGAGCAAAGGGGACAUCAAGGACAUCGUAUUGGUUGGGGGCUCCACCCGCAUCCCCAAGAUCCGGAAGCUGCUGAAGGAUUUCUUCAAUGGCAAGGAGCUGAAUAAAGGCAUUAACCCUGAUGAAGCUGUGGCUUACGGGGCAGCUGUCCAGGCCGCCAUCUUGACGGGCAACCGGACGGCCAAGAUGCAGAAUAUGUUUCUUCUGGAUGUCACCCCUUUGUCUCUGGGAAUCAAUACUCAAGGAGGUGUCAUGGCAACCAUCAUAAAACGCAACUCACCUGUCCCAACAAGAGAAGUCAUGGAGUUCACCACGACUGAGGACGACCAAGACACCAUCUUGUUCAUGGUGUAUGAGGGAGAGCGGGCCUUGACCAAACACAACCACCUCUUGGGCAUGUUCACCUUGAAAGGGAUUCCCCCAGCCCCCUGUGGGGUCCCGGUCAUCCUGGUCACCUUCUCUAUUGACGAGAACAACAUUCUGACCGUCUCAGCCAAGGAUGUGGAAACCGGGAACAUCAGCCACUUGACUAUCUCGGACACCCGUGGACGCCUGGGCAAGGAGGAAAUAGAGACAAUUGUGCAGACAGCAGAGGAAUUCCGGGCAAAUGACCUGAGCCAGCAGGAAAAGAUUGAAGCCAUGAACUCCUUGGAGUCCUGCACCCUGGAGCUCAAGCGGGUGGCGGAGGAGCAGCUCCUGGACGGGAAGGCCAAGAGGAGGAUGCUGGAAAUGUGUGAUGGUGCUGCCUCCUGGCUGGAGGGGAAUCCCCUGGCAGAGAAAGAGGAAUGCGAGAAGCGGCAGAAGGACCUGGAAGAGGCCUGGGACUCGGUCUACACUGGCCCAGGUGAGGUGGCAGAUGAGCGGGCGGAAGGAGACCCCGAGGCCACUGAGCCAAAGGAAGACAGGGAAUGA